AUGGACGACAAGGUCCAAUCUUUUAAUGUCAUGGACACUCUGUGGGCUCGGCAUGUUCUUCGUAGGGUAGAUGCCUAUGUCGGCGUUCGCAAGCUUUACAAUGCCCAAGGGGGAGUAGCAACUGCUGCUCGAAAAUCAAAUCUCAAUACUAAAUCAGACCUAGCAAUGCUGAACAGAACGAUAGCCAUAUCAAAGGACAAAGGAAAAAGAAAGCUGGAAGCAUGGAUUAAGGGGGGGACUUCAAAGCUGCAAGCAGAGAUUGCAAAGUCAAAGGAGAAGCUAACACCAGGAGACUCUACUAAGAUCAAUCCUCGUCCAACCACCGUUGGGAAAAGCAUCAGGAUUAGGGAAAGGAAUGUGGAGAGUCCACCUCUCGAGAUCGAACAAGAACUUGAAGAACCGGAGGAGGAAGGAACCUGA